UCGCCUCUCGCGAGCCUCCCCCGAGCGCGUCUAUGAGCGCAGCGUUCCCGCCGUCGCUGAUGAUGAUGCAGCGCCCGCUGGGGAGUAGCACCGCCUUCAGCAUAGACUCGCUGAUCGGCAGCCCGCCGCAGCCCAGCCCCGGCCAUUUCGUCUACACCGGCUACCCAAUGUUCAUGCCCUACCGGCCGGUGGUGCUGCCGCCGCCGCCGCCGCCGCCGCCCGCGCUCCCCCAGGCCGCGCUGCAGCCGGCGCUGCCGCCCGCGCACCCGCACCACCAGAUCCCCAGCCUGCCCACCGGCUUCUGCUCCAGCUUGGCCCAGGGCAUGGCGCUCACCUCCACGCUCAUGGCCACGCUGCCCGGCGGCUUCUCGGCGUCCCCCCAGCACCAGGAGGCGGCCGCCGCCCGGAAGUUCGCGCCGCAGCAGCUGCCCGGCGGCGGCGGCAACUUCGACAAGGCGGAGGCGCUGCAAGCCGACUCGGAGGACGGCAAAGGCUUCUUGGCCAAGGAGGGCUCGCUGCUGGCCUUCUCCGCGGCCGAGGCUGUGCAGGCGUCGCUCGUCGGGGCUGUCAGAGGGCAAGGGAAAGACGAGUCAAAGGUGGAAGACGACCCGAAGGGCAAGGAGGAGAGCUUCUCGCUGGAGAGCGAUCUGGACUACAGCUCGGAUGACAAUCUGCCUGGCCAGGCGGCUCACAAGGAGGAGGACCCCGGCCACGCGCUGGAGGAAACCCCGCCGAGCGGCGGCGCCGCGGGCAGCACCACGUCCACGGGCAAGAACCGGCGGCGGCGGACUGCCUUCACCAGCGAGCAGCUCCUGGAGCUGGAGAAGGAGUUCCACUGCAAAAAGUACCUCUCGCUGACCGAGCGCUCGCAGAUCGCGCACGCCCUCAAACUCAGCGAGGUGCAGGUGAAAAUCUGGUUCCAGAACCGCCGGGCCAAGUGGAAACGGGUGAAGGCCGGCAAUGCCAAUUCCAAGACAGGGGAGCCCUCCAGGAAUCCCAAGAUCGUCGUCCCCAUACCCGUCCAUGUCAGCAGGUUCGCCAUCAGAAGUCAGCAUCAGCAGCUGGAGCAGGCCCGGCCCUGAGGGCCCAGGGCCAGCCGCGGCCUGGACCACGGUGGAGAAGCCACAGCUUUGGGGAGGGAACCCAUGGUGGGCUCCACCAUGUCUGCAGCAAAACUCAGAGUCACCCCCCAACUUUGGACAUCCCAAGCAAAUUGAGAGUAUAUCCAUUAACGAGCUUGAAAGACUGCUUUUGAAGGAGCUACUGCUACACCUGGAAGACACACUAAAUAUUUAUUAUACUAUCCUACUUUGUACAUAGAUAUCUAUAUAGAUUGGAUCUCAGCUGCCGUAUUUUGAAAGUUAUAGGACCAAACUGCCCAGUAACCUCCUCCACCUACAUUCCCCGAAGAAAACAAAGCCUCCGCUGCAACUUGCCAUGCACAGCAGCCACCUUUCCACACUUUUCCAAAGGUAAACAUCACGUGCAAGAACAAACACGGUCACCACUUAUUUUUGUUUCUAUUUUGGCUUUUUUAGUUGACUGAGAAGCAGACGUUUUUUGGGGGGCAGCCUGGAAAUUUGCUUUGCUUUGGUUUUUGCCUGGCUUUCUUUCCUGGGGUUGCAUAUCCUAUGAGCCCUGUCUGAAGCACGUCUCCGUUGUGUUUAAUUUAUUUCAAUGUAGUUUAUUUUUCCUAUAAGUUAUGACAUUAAAACAAUCUCAGUCUUGUGAAUAAUAAAAAGAAGGAGCGAGAAAAAGAGAAAAAAGACCAA